AUGGCGCCUGGUAUCACGGACACGGAUUCUGGUUCUGGUUCAGGGGAGGAGAACGAUAGAGUGGCGACCAGUCUUCCCCAGUUGACGGAGAACUGGGAUGAUACCAUUCGCUUCUAUCUCAACGGCACCAAAGUUGCGCUCGAUACAGUCAACCCGGAAGUCACCCUCUUGGAGUAUCUGCGGGGUAUCGGCUUGACUGGAACAAAGCUUGGAUGCGCCGAAGGAGGCUGUGGUGCUUGCACUGUGGUGGUUUCACAUCUCAAUCAGACCACUAAGAAGAUCUACCAUUCCUCUGUGAACGCAUGUCUCGCCCCGUUGGUCAGCGUUGAUGGCAAGCAUGUCAUUACAGUCGAGGGAAUCGGAGAUGUGAAGAAUCCCCAUGCAGUGCAACAGCGGAUUGCGGUCGGAAAUGGAAGCCAGUGCGGUUUCUGCACUCCUGGCAUUGUUAUGAGUCUGUACGCUUUGAUACGCAACGAUCCAAACCCGUCCGAACAAGAUGUUGAAGAAGCAUUCGAUGGCAACCUGUGCCGCUGCACUGGAUACCGACCUAUUCUCGACGCCGCCCAAAGCUUCAACUCGCGUAACAACUGUGGCAUGUCCAAGUCGAACGGUGGCUCGGGCUGCUGCAUGGAGAAAAAUGGCGGUGGUGGUUGCUGCAAGGAUUCCUCAGCGGGCGACGAAGACAAGGAAGCCAUUGAGCCGAAAUUUCCCGCACCCGAAUUCAAGAAAUGGAGCCCGGAUACAGAAUUAAUCUUCCCUGCGGCGUUGAGAAAGCACGAUUUCAAGCCGCUGGUCUUUGGCAACAAGAAGAAGAAGUGGUAUCGCCCCGUGACUGUAGAGCAGCUCCUGCAGAUCAAGAACAUCCAUCCCGAGGCCAAGUUGAUCGGUGGAAGCACGGAGACGCAGAUUGAGAUCAAAUUCAAGGCCAUGCGCUAUGAAGCAUCAGUCUACCUCGGUGAUAUCCCUGAGCUACGACAGUUCACCUUCCAUGACGAUCAUCUUGAGAUUGGAGCCAAUGUUUCGUUGACAGAUCUGGAGGCUAUUUGCGAUCAGGCUGUUGAGAGAUACGGAGCGGUUCGUGCACAGCCUUUCAAAGCUAUCAAGAAACAGCUGCACUACUUCGCUGGACGACAAAUCCGAAACGUCGCGUCUCCGGCUGGUAACUUGGCUACUGCCUCUCCAAUUUCCGACUUAAAUCCAGUCCUCGUGGCAACGAACACCGUUCUUAUCGCCAAAUCCUUGAGUGGCGAAAAGGAAAUUCCCAUGACAGAAUUCUUCCAAGGCUACCGUAAAACGGCCUUGGCUCCUGAUGCGAUUAUUGCUAGUCUCCGCAUUCCGGCCGCGAAGGAGAAGGGUGAAUUUACCCGUUCUUAUAAGCAAGCCAAGCGAAAGGACGACGAUAUUGCUAUUGUCACCUCUGCCCUCCGCAUCUCGCUGUCUGAGACCAACGAAGUCACCAGUGUCAACCUCGUGUUCGGUGGUAUGGCGCCGAUGACUGUUUCUGCCAAAAAUGCCGAAGCCUUCCUAGUUGGAAAGGACUUCACCAAGCCCGAAACAUUGGAGGGCGUCAUGGCCGGUUUGGAGAAGGACUUCAAUCUUCCAUUUGGCGUGCCUGGUGGCAUGGCUACUUACAGAAAAUCGCUCUCAAUGGGCUUCUUUUACCGCUUUUAUCAUGACGUUCUCUCCAACCUCGAAGUCAAGCCUGAGGGUUUGGACCUUGAUGGUAUUGCUGAGAUUGAAAGAGCCAUUUCUAUGGGAGAGAAGGAUAACGAGGCCUCUAUUGCUUAUCAACAGAAGAUUCUCGGCAAGGCAUCGCCUCAUGUUGCAGCUCUGAAGCAGUCUACUGGUCAGGCUCAGUACACCGACGACAUUCCUGUGCAGCAAAACGAACUUUUUGCAUGCAUGGUUCUUUCCACCAAAGCACAUGCUAAGAUCCUCAGCGUUGACCCAUCAAAGGCAUUGGAUAUUCCCGGUGUCGUAGAUUACGUCGACCACAAUGAUCUGCCCACUCCUCAAGCAAACUGGUGGGGAGCACCGGUCGCUGAUGAAGUGUUCUUUGCUGUCGAUAAAGUCACCACCGCUGGUCAGCCCAUUGGCGUGGUCUUGGCUCACUCUGCUAAGAUUGCUGAAGAGGGUAUGCGGGCCGUCAAAGUUGAGUAUGAGGAUCUACCUGCCAUUCUCAGCAUUGAAGAGUCCAUCGCGGCCGAGUCAUUCUAUAAUCACAGCCCCUUCAUUAAGAAUGGUGACGUCGAUGAGGGCUUCAAACAGGCAGAUCACGUCUUUGAGGGUGUCUCGCGCAUGGGUGGCCAAGAACAUUUCUAUCUCGAGACCCAGGCUUGCCUUGCCAUUCCCAAACCGGAGGAUGGUGAAAUGGAAAUCUGGAGUGGCACACAAAACCCUACUGAGACACAAACAUUUAUCGCUCAGGUGACUGGAGUCGCCGCGAACAAAAUUGUGUCUCGUGUGAAGAGACUAGGUGGCGGUUUCGGUGGCAAGGAGUCACGCUCUAUCCAGCUGGCUGGAAUCUGUGCCAUUGCUGCGAACAAGACCAGACGGCCUGUUCGAAGCAUGCUGAAUCGUGAUGAAGAUAUCUUAACAUCCGGUCAGCGUCACCCGUUCCUGUGUAAGUGGAAGGUUGGAGUCACCAAAGAAGGCAAACUUCUCGCCCUCGAUGCCGAUAUCUUUGCCAAUGGGGGUCACACUCAAGACUUGUCUGGUGCCGUUCUGGAGCGAAGCUUGUCCCACAGUGACGGCGUUUACAAGAUUCCGAAUGUCUUUGUUCGCGGUAAAAUCUGCAAGACAAACACGGUUUCCAACACUGCUUUCCGUGGAUUCGGUGGCCCACAGGGUCUAUUCUUUGCUGAAUGUUAUAUUUCCGAGAUUGCGGACCAUCUCAACCUCAAUCCUGAGCACGUUCGUGAGAUCAACAUGUACAAGCCUCUCGAGACCACACACUUCAACCAGCCCUUGAAGGACUGGCAUGUGCCUUUGAUGUACCAACAAGUCAAAGAGGAGAGCAACUUCGUCGAGCGACGCAAGGCCGUGGAAGAAUACAACCGUACGCACAAAUGGUCGAAGCGUGGCAUGGCCAUGGUGCCCACCAAAUUUGGUAUCUCUUUCACUGCCCUCUUCCUGAACCAAGCUGGCGCUCUGGUGCACAUCUACCACGAUGGUAGUGUCCUCGUCGCCCACGGUGGAGUUGAGAUGGGGCAAGGUCUGCACACCAAGAUGACGAUGAUCGCCGCCGAGGCCCUCCAAGUACCUCACGAAAGCGUGUUCAUCGCUGAGACAGCCACCAAUACUGUGAUCAACACCUCCGCCACAGCAGCAUCAGCCAGCUCCGAUCUCAAUGGCUACGCCAUAUUCAACGCCUGCGAACAAAUCAACGAACGACUUAAGCCCUACCGCGAGAAACUUGGGCCUGAUGCCACAAUGAGCCAAAUCGCACACGCCGCCUACUUCGACCGAGUCAACCUCUCCGCACAGGGCUACUACCGCACCCCAGAUAUUGGAUAUAAAUGGGGUGAAAACACCGGCCAGAUGUUCUUCUACUUUACUCAAGGCGUCACAGCCUCCGAGGUCGAAAUCGACACCUUAACGGGCGACUGGACUGUACUGCGCACCGACAUCAAGAUGGAUGUCGGCCGCACUAUCAACCCAGCCAUCGACUACGGUCAAAUCGAAGGUGCCUAUGUCCAAGGUCAAGGCCUCUUCACUACAGAGGAGAGUCUCUGGCACCGCGCCUCAGGACAGAUCUUCACUCGCGGCCCAGGUAACUACAAGAUCCCCGGAUUCCGCGAUAUUCCGCAGAUUUUCAACGUAAGUCUGCUGAAGGAUGUCGAGUGGGAGAACCUGCGCACUAUCCAGCGGUCGCGUGGUAUUGGUGAGCCUCCUCUUUUCAUGGGUAGCGCUGCUUUCUUCGCUAUUCGUGAUGCGCUCAAUGCUGCGCGGAAGCAGUGGGGUGUUACGGAUGUUUUGAGCUUGGUUAGCCCUGCGACACCGGAGAGAAUCCGAGUCAGCUGCGCCGAUCCCAUUAUUGAGCGAGCGAGAGUUCAGCCGAAGGAGGGUGAGAAGAGCUUCUUUGUUGCUAUCUAG